AUUUUACAGAUAGAGGGAUAUUGUAUUGGAAUUGAUCUUGGAACAACAUAUUCCUGCGUCGGAGUAUGGAAAGAUGACAGAGUGGAGAUUAUUCCUAACGAUAUGGGAAAUCGGACAACUCCUUCCGUCGUUGCCUUCACAGAAACUCACCGACUGAUUGGAGAGGCAGCGAAAGCUCAAAUCACGACGAACCCUCAAAACACCGUGUUUGACGCAAAACGACUCAUCGGACGCAAGUUCCAUGACCAAAUUGUUCAGAACGACCUCAAGCACUGGCCGUUUAAAUUGGUUGCCGAUGAGCACGACAAUCCCAUCAUUCAAGUCCAGUAUAUGGGCGAAACCAAAAACUUUACAUGCGAACAAAUCUCCUCCAUGGUUCUAAGCAAAAUGAAGCAGACAGCGGAGAAUUAUCUAGGCGAGAAGGUUACAAACGCAAUCAUCACCGUUCCUGCUUAUUUCAACGACAGCCAGCGUCAAUCAACGAAAGAUGCUGGCCUCAUCGCAGGCCUGAACGUUCUGCGUAUCAUCAACGAGCCGACAGCAGCAGCCCUGGCUUACGGACUGGACAAGCUGAGUCAGUCUGGAAGACGCUACGUGCUGAUCUUCGAUUUGGGCGGCGGGACGUUCGAUGUGUCUCUUCUGGCGAUCGAAAAAGGCUAUUUCGAAGUGCUGGCCACGAACGGAGACACCCAUCUGGGAGGCGAAGACUUCGACAACAACCUCGUGGACUUCUGCAUCAAGGAAUUCCGGCGGAAAUACCAUCGCGACCCCUCCAAAGCGCAGUCGUCCAUCCGCCGUUUGCGUUCGGCCUGCGAGCGAGCGAAGCGAAUCCUGAGCAGCGAAGUAUCAACGACUAUCGAAGUGGAGAGCAUGUACGACGGCCAAGAUCUCGUGCAGCCCAUUACGCGCGCCAAAUUCGAAGAGCUGAACUUAACUCUGUUUAAAAACACGCUGAACCCCGUGCGGAAAGUCCUCGCCGACGCCAAUCUGAACGUUCGCGACAUCCACGACGUCGUGCUGGUGGGCGGAUCGACGCGGAUCCCCAAGGUCCAGGAGCUGCUGAGCGAUUUCUUCAACGGAAAGCAGCUGUACAACUCGGUCGAUCAGGACGAAGCGGUUGCGUACGGCGCCGCGGUGCAGGGAUCGAUUCUGAUUGGCUCGUCGAAGGAGAUCUCGACGGAUCUGAUUCUGCUCGACGUGGUUCCGCUGUCGCUGGGCGUGGAAACCGCGGGAGGCGUGAUGACGAAGAUCAUUCCGCGGAACAGCACGAUUCCGACGCGACGCAUGAAAAUGUUCACGACGAACGAGGACUUCCAGGAGGAAGUGGAGGUGCAGGUGUUCGAAGGCGAGCGGCCGUUCACGAAAGACAACAACAAACUGGCGUCGUUUAUUCUGACGGGACUGCCGCAUGUGCUGAAGGGCGUGCCGCAUAUCGAAGUGACGUUCGAUAUCGAUUCGAAUGGAAUUCUGCAGGUGACGGCGGUGGAGAAUUCGACGGGAACGGAGGCGGCGAUCACGGUUAUCAACGAUAAAAAUCACUUGAAGCCGGAGGAAAUCGCGAAGAUGAUCGAGGACGCGGAGAUGUUCCAAGUGCAGGACGAGGAGAAGCAGGGCUCGUUGAAGAAGAAAUCAGAGCUGGAAACGUAUUUGUAUAAAGUGAAUAAAAUGCUGCGGAAGUCGGAGAUAAAGAAGAGCAUGCCCAAGGAGAUGAGGGACGCGCUGCGAGGCGAGAUUGGAGACAUCCUCGAUUGGAUUGAGGAGAAUCCCGAGGAGAAGGGGGAAGUGUAUGAGAAGAGGAUGAGGGAAUUCGAAAGAAAGGCGGAGUUGAAGAUUGCGCCAUUUCGUGUUUUUGAUGACGACUUUAAACCGUAUAUGGUGUUGGAGAAUGGGGCAAUUAUCGAUCGGCUGGACUAGAUCAGUUUUAAACACUAUUCGUUUU